CUGCUCCGCCCCCAGUGUAAAGUUGAGAUGACGGUUGUGCGGUUACUCUGUUGCAAACCGUUGAGAAAGGUGGGCCUGAGGAUAUUCCGGGCCGGCCCCUCCAGACUGCUGAGUACACAAACAAAAUGUGAUGAAACCCACAAGGUUUUUCGCCCAGAACCUUCCUUCACCAAGAAUCUGAUGGAAAUUGGCACUCGCCGCGUCUCUUCUGAAGAGCAUGACACAUUCAGACAAAGCGUGAGAAGAUUCUUUGAAGCAGAAGUGCUUCCAUAUCAUUCACAGCCCAGAGAUCCCUCACUACCAGUACCAUCAACUCAACAUCAUCCAAGUCAAACAGGCUGCUUGUUUCUUCUAAAUUCCAACAUUAUCACCCCUCAUCUUUCAAUGAAUAUAAGCCUAACCCAUUCAAGCUUUCUUCAUAAGGAACGAUUGCUGAUUGCAGACAUGGCUCUUGCAAACUGUGAAUUCAUGUUUGAGGAAACUAGAAAGUAUGUGAGACAGAGAAAGGCUUUUGGAAAAACUGUUGCUGAUUUGCAGACUGUGCAGCAUAAACUGGCAGAAAUAAAGACACAGACUUGUGUGGGGAGAGCAUUCGUUGACAGCUGUCUGCAGUUGCAUAAAGAACGACGACUGGAUUCAGCUACGGCUUCCAUGGCCAAAUACUGGGCUUCUGAGCAACAGACUAAUGUAGCCAAUCAAUGUGUACAACUUCAUGGUGGAUGGGGAUACAUGUGGGAAUAUCCAAUUGCUAAGUCUUUUGUGGAUUCCCGUGUUCAGCCGAUUUAUGGUGGUACAAAUGAAAUAAUGAAGGAGCUUAUUGCUUGAGGAAUUAUAAGUGACUGAUGAAAUGUUGGGAAAAUAGGAUCUGCAGUGUUAAUGUUUCUGUUGAAGUACCUUUACAUCUGAAAACAUGUAUCAUUUACCUAUUAAAUUUAUGCAAAACUGAAAGAAAUCUGUAUAAACGACAAGGAAUUUUAGAAAUGAGAAAUUGAAUAUUGAUAGGAGAAAACAAUAGAUUUCUUAAUGUGAUUCCUGUUUCAAUGCAGAAUCUAUAUUGUGUGGCUUAGAUAUGUGCUAUUUCCUUUUAAAUUUCCUUUCGUUUACUUGCUGUUUCUGAAACUGUGAUGGCCACAGCUCGUUCUGUUGUUGGCUUGAACAAAACAAACCUGUUCGUGAAUUUAUUGUUGAAGCAGCGAACCAGAACACAGUGGUAGUGUUUCCAGUGGAAUGGUUAACCCGCUCAACUAAGUCAGCGUUCAUUUUGAAGAAAGUGGGGACAAGCUAACAAUGUUCCAGUGAACUUUUUAUUUGAGUUUUGUUUUUUUUGUCCAUUUUUAUGUGUGUAUUUUCAUUUUAAAAUGCUAAUGGACACUGAUCUGAUACAACUGUAAUAAAUUUAAAUACUAGUACUCAGAAUGUGGCAGAGAUUAUUGACUUAAAACCAUACAGCAUAACAUUGCUUAGCUUGGUGUAAUACUUGAAUUGAAAUGAGUAUUUACUGAUAUAAUCACGCAUUGAGUAAUUACGCCAUUCAUGUAGUCUAUUGAAAUCUCAAAGCUCCCAAUAGCUGACUUGAGGUAAAUAAUGUAUUAGUUCAGUGUGCCUUGGAGUGUGUCUUACUGGCUACCAUGUUUACCAUCUAAUUUGUACCUCUUAUCCAAGAGGGAGCAAUCCGCCGCUGUUCUUGCUCCUAAUCGCCGUCUAGAGACUCUUGCUGGGAAGUGUGUUUGUAUAUGAAUUGUAUUCUAUAUUGUAGCUUGCAUGUUGAUUUUUGCGUACCGACAAUGUCUAGGCUCACACUUGAAGAAUGGUCCUGUGAGUGAGUUACUAAAGGGAGAACAGCAUCUGUAGAACUACAGCUUGGAGAGAAACAAAAUUGGCAAUAAAAAAAAUGUAAUUUUCCAAAAUGCUAAUGGUUCUUUAGACAGUAUGGGAUACAUUUGUUCCCAGAAACAGGUAAAUUGCAGUGUGAAUAAAUUGUCAUGCCAGUGUCAUAAUUCUUAAUUUCUAGCUGCAAAAGAAUGUACUUGAAUUCAUAUAUUUGAACAAACUGAUUUUCGUAUCAAUAAAUUUCAAUAUAUUCAACAGAUUUCAAUUUAA